CAGGUGGAGAGAGAGAGAGAGAGAGAGUGGCAGCGGGGCUGUCGUGAAGCGUCGUGGUGCAUGAAUUAAAAGUUUCGCCUUUUUUUUUUUUAAUCCUCACCCCGUUCUGAUAUCAUUUGGAGGCGUAUUUCUCCUCCUCGGAGGUGUAUCUCCUAUUCACUGCAUGCAGUGUCUCCUUUCCUCCUCUUGGUCUCCUUUUAGUCCUCUCUCCGUCCAUCUCCAGCAAAUCUCUACCCGUGGAGCCCGUAAAUCUACUCUCUCGUCGCCGGAUCGAUCUGUCUCUCGAGUUCUCGCUGCCUUUUCGAGCUCGCCGGAGAGGUUGAUUUCUGUGGAGGAGUUCGGUUGUGAGAUCGGAACGAGCUGCUGACGUGAUCCCGCUUGUCGGCAAAAGAAGCAAGGAAAAGGAGAAAGGUUGGUGGAAUUAGACGGGAUUCGGGAUGGAGACGAAGCGGUGCAUAAACGUUGCUUGUGGAGCCACCACACUGGAGGGCGAGUGGAAGAAGGGAUGGAGGCUGAAAUCGGGCGGAUUCGCGAACCUCUGCAGCAAGUGCGGGAUGGCAUUUGAGCAGUUAAUUUUUUGUGACAUAUUUCACCAAAAUGAAUCUGGGUGGAGGGAGUGUCUUUUUUGUGGCAAGCGCCUACAUUGUGGAUGUAUUGCUUCAAAGUUUUCAUUUGAUCUGCUUGACAAUGGAGGAGUUCAGUGUAUUAGCUGCAUGAGGAAUUCAGAAAUUGCCUUCGUUUCAAGGGAAGUCAUGCAAACUUUUUUGCCUCAACACAAUCAAAGGCUUUUUGCUCUCUCAGCUAGAACCGUAAAAGAUGAGAAGGUGAAUAAUGUUGAUCAAACAAUUGCAGGUAGUGCCUCUGGGUUGCCAACCAUUUCUGCUGAUGGUAGAAUGGAUGUUAGUGCUGUUGGUAAGGGAAAGGUGGUUAUGCGGUUGGGCAAAAAUAUUGACUCUAAUCAACAGAGAAUUGUAGAUAUAGAGCAGAGAAAGAGUGUAAAUGGAUCAUUUCGGCAUAUCAGGUGGAACCACUUGGCCCCUAAUGCAGGGGAGGUAGGGAGGUUGACCUUGGGGACUUCAAGUGCAGAAAGGCCUCUUGUCAUGCUGCCCCCGCCUAAUGCACUUACUGAAGGAGGGGACCAAAAUAUAGCUUCCUCUGCAUUUCAGCAAAUACAAAGGUCUCACCAGUUUCUGCCACAGCUUCCAAAGGAAGCUAGUGGAGCUACUCCAGAUGCAUCAAAAGAUGGAGUUUCACAUAUACGUGUGGCAAGGCCACCUGCUGAGGGAAGGGGCCGGAAUCAACUACUUCCACGCUAUUGGCCAAGGAUCACAGAUGAAGAACUACAACAAAUAUCGGGAGACUCAAAUUCUACAAUUGUGCCAUUAUUUGAGAAGGUCUUGAGUGCAAGUGAUGCAGGUCGUAUUGGACGUUUAGUUCUUCCCAAAGCUUGCGCGGAGGCUUAUUUUCCUCCAAUUUCUCAACCAGAAGGCCUUCCACUAACUGUUCAAGAUGCAAAGGGUAAAGAAUGGCAUUUCCAGUUCAGGUUUUGGCCAAAUAACAACAGCAGAAUGUAUGUCUUAGAGGGUGUUACUCCAUGCAUACAGUCACUUCAAUUGCAAGCUGGUGAUACAGUGACUUUCAGCCGGAUAGAUCCUGAAGGAAAACUCGUGAUGGGCUUUAGAAAGGCAACAAAUACUGCACCUUUGCAGGAUUCUCAGAUUUCUGCCAUUGCCAAUGGUGCCCUUGGCAAUGAAACAUUCUUCCCUGGUGUAAAUGAGAACCUACCUACAACAGAUAAGCAUGAAGAUAGGCCAAAUGAGGGACUGCAAUUCAUUCAAAGCCAAAGUCGCAAUAUUGGUGCCAAAUGUAGGAGGCUGCAUAUGGACGCUGAAGAUGCUUUGGAGCUUUUGCUGACCUGGGAGGAGUUUCAAGACUUGCUGCGUCCAGCUCCAAAUGCCAGACCAAGCAUUGUCAUGAUUGAAGAUCAUGAAAUUGAAGAAUAUGAUGAACCCCCAGUUCUUGGGAAGAAAACCAUUUACACAGCACGACUUACGGGGGAACGAGAUCAAUGGAUUCAAUGUGAUGAUUGCUCUAAAUGGCGUCGGUUGCCUGACAAUGAUGUUCUUCUUCCUUCAAUGUGGACAUGCGCUGACAACACAUUAGACCCAAAGAGAUCUUCAUGCUCUGCGGCAGAAGAAUUGAGCCAGAAAGACCUGCAAAGUCUUCUCCGACAGUAUGCAGAUCACAAGAGGCAGCAAAAUAAUGCUACUUGCAAACAGCACUUCGCAGUGUUGGAUGCAUCAUCUGGUCUGGAUGCCUUGGCCAAUGCUGCAGCUCUGGGGGAUGUUUGUAAUCAAACCACAUCCUCAGUUGCAACGACAACCAAACAUCCACGGCAUCGCCCUGGGUGCACAUGCAUUGUGUGCAUCCAGCCUCCAAGCGGAAAGGGCCCAAAGCAUAGCCCUACAUGCACCUGCAACGUUUGUCUGACGGUCAAAAGGCGUUUCAAAACACUAAUGAUGAGGAAAAAGAAACGCCAGUCCGAGCGUGAGGAGGCCGAGGCUCAGAAGAGGGACGCUUGGGGCAGCAAGAAAGAACCUGAGGGAGGUAGCUUGUCAAGAAGUGUGCAGCAUCUUGAUGUCCAUCAGGAGAGUGAUCAGUUGAGUCCGGGAUACAGUCGAACCGUCAUUGAGAAGCUGGACAUGAGCAAGAGGCAGAUAAACUUGAAUUGCCAUCCUGGGAGUGAUGAGGUUCCACAGGCAGGGCCACCCAGGCUGAGCAUGAUGAGCCUUCUCCAGGAGGCAAACCUCCCCUUGGAGACGUAUCUGAAACAGAAUGGGCUCACCAGCUUGGUGGGUGAGCAAGGGAGCUCAAGCUCACCUACAGUUCCACAAGGGCCUGAGGAGAGUGAGGGAAGAACGCCCGAUGAGAGUUAUUUUGCUUCUGUGGUGCAGGAGAAGGAUGGUGGCGCCGAAGAAGGGCAUGGUGGUCCAGACAAGGCAAGAGGUGAUGCUGCUUGAAAAAAAUUUUCUUCCUGCAAAAGCUGUAUCAAAUUUUGAUGAGAAUCAGAUGGUGCGAUGUGUGCAUGUCUGUUGGCAGUUUGCAGACAUGUCCUUUUUUCUUUCUUUUACAGUGUUCUCUUCAUUCAUUUGAGUUGGUGAGAGGUACUUACAUCAGGAGAUGAAACUGGUGAGCAUUUUGCUAUAGGUAAUGCCAUGUUUAUAAUUGAGGGUUGUUCUUUCCAAAAUGAAUGAAUCUAGUAUAUAACCUUUACAUUUCUUAAGACUUGAGCUUUGGUUUA